AUGGAUAUUUUCAUAGAUCCAAAAGUCUAUAGUGAAAGCGAAAAAAAUAAUGAACCAAACAUACAAAUCAAUACAAAAGAAACAAUUUCCUUAUUUUCAUCUUUAUCUUAUUUACCGUCAAUAUAUAUUAAUUCAUUUCUUCCAUCUACUAUAUCAUUAAUAAAAGCACAAAAUAAAAUAACAAAUCUUCUUUUAUCUCUUGAAUUUACAUCUGGGUCAGCUAUUGAAAAGCUACAUAGAGUUGUAGAUGAAAUUAUUCAGCAAUCACCGCGAUUGAGUUACGACAUUGAACUUUUACACAAUAAUACAACAGUUCUUUCUGAAAUAUUAAAUAAAAAAAAAGAACAAAUUAAUGCAUUUAAAAAGGAAGAAAAAAAUAGUACAAUUGAUUAUUUUAUGAAUCUCGAAAUUAUAAAACAAAGAAUUCAAGCAACAUACUCAGUCUUGGAAGAUGCAAAAAAGUGGAAAGAUAUAGAAACAGAAAAAAAAAUCAUUGAACUUUUAAUAAAAAAUAAUCAAACUCAAAGAGCACAAGACAUUGUUAAUAAAUUAAAGAGUCUUUUGCAAGUAUGGGAAGAAACUAAUGAAUAUAAUGAAAGAUUGGAUAUGAUAGAAAAAUUAGAACAAAAAAUACACAACUCUUUGACGGAAAUACAAAAUGAAUGA